UCAAAAUGGCGUCCGGAGAGAGUUCAUAACAACAACGAGAUCAGUGUAUGCCUUAUUUGUGGUAGGCCUCAUGAGAGAAGACGAUGCAUCAUAUACUGACACAAAAUAUUGAUAGGCAGAUCAGAUUAUUCUAAAUUGUAGACGAUAUAUUGCGUAAAUCAUUGUAACCUCUGAUAAAUUAGAAACAUCGCAGGUUUGGACUUGUUUAAUUUGUCAAAAUGAGGAGUACUUUGAAAAUGCAGAAUCGAAUAAUGAGUGUGUAAUUUAAUUCUUCCUUGAAACAACAUACCAUGGUACUGCAGAUGUAUGUCCAACUCUGAAAAGGAAAUAUGAGUGAUAAGGGAUCUCCUAGACAGAAAAAGAAUGUGUCUGUGAUCAACCAUAAAAUGAACCCUGAAGAAUCGAAGCAACCUCGAAAGAGUGAAGGGGGUCUGCCCAACAUCAAUGAAAGAUUAGGCCAUUUACGCCCCUCCCGAGAAUUGUUGGAAUAUUAUAGAAAGAAAAUCGCGGAAUAUGACGAAGAGCAUGAUCACAUGGUCAGCAAACUUGAAGAGUAUCGUAUCACAUAUGAGGAACAGCACAAGUUGCAGUGGGAGCUUCGCCAGAGAGAGGAGGAGAUUGUAGAACUACAAAAGGCCCUCAGCGACAUGCAGGUCUAUCUGUUCCAGGAACGAGAACAUGUGCUACGGCUCUACUCUGAAAACGACAGACUCAAGAUUCGAGAACUUGAGGACAAGAAGAAGAUUCAGCAGUUGCUAAGUUUGUCCAGUACACCGGACAGUGAGACCACAUAUUUCAUGAAGGAGCCUCCCGCUAAAGCCAUCAUAGAACAGAAAACCAGGAACAAGAGACCACAGAGUGCUGCUGACAGCCGGCAGAACAGGGGUAUAAAGAAGAAACCUGUGUCUCAAUCUGACCGCCGAGGCUCUAUCGAGGCCAUCCCGGAGGAGAAAUACAAACACGAUAACGAGUCCUUGGUGCUACAAGUGGAGGCCCUGCAGGCUCAACUACAGGAACAGACAAAGCUGGCCAAGGAGCAAGUGGAGGCCCUGAUAGAGGAUAGGAGAGUGAAGGAGGAGGAGAUGCAGACCCGCAUGGAAAGGGACGAGGCAAAAAUUGCAACACUCACUGAGAAAUUACACAAAACACAGGAUCUUUUGUAUGAGAGUACCAAGGACUUUCUGGAGCUGAGGUACCAGGGACGGUCUAACGAAAGACAGUGGAUGGGUGAGAAAGACAAGCUUCUGAGGGACCUAGAUCAAGUUAAGCUUCAGCUGCACCCCAACAGGGACCCUGUGUUAAACAUGUCAGAUGGAGCCUUGGACAGGGCAGGCUGUGUGGAAGAAAUGAAGACUCUGGAAUACCAGUUGACUCAGUCGCAGAAGUUGGCCGAGAUGUACAGAGAACAAGUGAUACAACUGGAGGACGAGUUGUCACGGAUACGAGAGGAAGGGGACGUCACUAGGGAAAUAUUUAAGGGUCGUAGCGAUAAAAUGACCAAACGUCUACAGCUGAUGAACCAGAGGUACCAGGACCUCGAGAGGAGACGCAAUCUAGAGGUGGAGGGCUUCAAAAAUGACAUCAAGAACCUCAGGUCAAGGCUAAAGGAUGUAGAAAGGCAGCUAUACAAGGUGACAAUGGGAUUUGCUGAGGACAUGGACAUCAAACGCCCGGAUGACUUAGAUUUGCAGAUUCUAAAGAACGUGAAGGCAACAGCAGGUCGAUCCAAGAAACUGAUGGGAGAACUGAAAAGUCUCAAGUCAAAAAUGUAUGGAAUUGAGAAUGACUUAAAACACUUAUGAUCAGUUGCUGUGAUAAUUUUCUGAAGAGGAGAAUUAUUUAGUGACCUGGGGAAAGGCUCAGAGUAGAUUUUAUCUGAGCAUAAUACAAUGAAGAUAUAUCAAAGGGAUUAAGUUCAGUAUCAAGCUUUGUCAGGAUGGUGAGAUUCUAUUUUAAGAUGAAAUCUGUUGCAGACAAAUGUUUGGUUUUUGAAGGUAAUUGCAAGAAAAAUAUGUAGGCAAAGUGUUUUAUUAACCAUAAAAAGUCAUAGUGAUGUGAUAUUUAUGUACAUGUACUUUUGUUUAUUUAUAUCAUCUACAUUUAGAUAUUAAAAUGAAGAAUAGGUCA